CCGCUGCGCACCCGUGUCCGUCUGUGCGCUCGCUAUGGCCCCCGGCGCCGCCCGAUGCGCGCCCGCGCUGCCCGCGCUCCUGGCCCUGCUCGGGGCUCUGCUCCCAGGGCUUGGGGAGGCCCAAGUAUCAGUGCACCCCCGAGAAGCCAUCAUACCCCGAGGAGGCUCCGUGGAGGUGAACUGCAGCGCCCCCUGUUCCAACGUGGGCCUGGAGACUAACCUGAAUAAGACGGAAGUGGCGUCCGGGCACAACUGGAAGACCUUCCGACUGAGCAAUGUGCAAGAGGACAGCUCUCCAAUAUGCUUCGCAAACUGUCAUAACCAGACAUCAGAUUCAAUGAACCUCACCGUGUACGGGACCCCCAGUCUCGUGGAGCUGGCCCCCCUGCCCCGCUGGCAGCCCGUGGGCGAGAACCUCACGCUGAGCUGCCAGGUGGUGGGCGGGGCGCCCCGCGCCAGCCUCACGGUGGUGCUGCUCCGCGGGGAGGAGGAGCUGAGCCGGCAGCCGGCCGUGGGGAAGGCCACCCAGGUCAACGCCACCGUGCUGGCCCGCAGAGAGGACCACGGCGCCAAUUUCUCGUGCCGCACCGAACUGGACCUGCGGCCCCAAGGGCUGGGACUGUUCCAGAACAGCUCGGCCCCCAGGCAGCUCCGAACCUUCGUCCUGCCAGAGACAAACCCGCGCCUUUCUGACCUUCGGGUCGCGGAAGUGGAGAGAGAGCAGCUGGUGGAAUGCACCAUGGACGGGCUCUUCCCCGCCUCGGAGGCCGAGGUCCACCUGGGACUGGGGGACCGCAGGCUGCAGCCCACGGUCACAUACAAGGGGGACUCCUUCUCGGCCACGGCCUUGGUGAAGGCGCACGCGGAGGAGCAGGGCCCCCAGAAGCUGGUGUGUGAGGUGAUGCUGGGAGACCAGACCCGGACGACGCGGGAGAAAGUGACCUUCUACAGCUUCCCGGCUCCCAACCUGACGCUGAGCCAGCCCGAGGUCUCGGAGGGGACCGUGGUGACCGUGGAGUGCGAGGCCCAUGCUGGAGCCGUGGUGACGCUGAGCGGGGCCGCAGCGGGGAAGCCCGCCUCGAGGGCCCGAGUCCUUCUCAACGCCAGCUCCGAGGACGACGAGCGCGUCUUCUCCUGCUCCGCUGACCUGGAGGUGGCCGGGCAGGUGCUACGCAAGACCCGGACGCGGCAGCUCCGUGUCCUGUACGGCCCCAAACUAGACAAGAAGGAUUGCCUGGGCAACUGGACAUGGCAGGAAGGCUCGACGCAGACCCUGAGGUGCAAGGCCUCUGGGAACCCGACCCCCGAGCUGAACUGUCCCCGGAAAUGGGAUGGGGCUCAGCUGCCCAUCGGGGACCUGAAGCCUGUCAAACGGGAGAUUGCGGGCACCUACAAGUGUCAGGCGAAGAGCUCUCAAGGGGAGGUCACCCGGGACGUGGUCGUGAUCGUGAUCUACCACGAGAAUAAGCUGGCCAUCAUCAUUCUGGUCACAGUUGCUGGCGUCUUGGGCACUCUGGGCACAGCCGCUUACCUCUACAACCGCCAGCGGAAGAUCCAAAAGUACAGGCUACAGAAGGCCGCGGAGGCGGCCGCCCUGAAACUGAACACACCAGCCACACCGCCCUGA